GAAACGGAGAAAAACCCAAACUUCAACCCAAUUAAACUGUGUAUAUAAUUUACUCCCCCCACCAUCUUCUUCUCCUUGCGCGACAAACCUGCCAGAGCUUCGUGGAGAAUUCGCCGGUGUAGUUUGAGGUUUCCAAGCCGAUUCAAGAAUUGGAAUUCGGGUUUUGUUCUGUUCCUUCCAUACCCAAUUCCGUUCUGCUCUGUCCCUGUUUGAUCUGCUCUGUGUUCUGGUUCCUUCUCUUGGCUUUCCUAUUAAUAGUUUAAGCAUGGUUUAUGGGAUACUACUUUGGCCACCAUAUUUUGCUGUACAUUGACCCCAAAUCUAAAUAAAACCACAAAUCAAUUUCUAUUUAUCUUGAUAAUAAAAUGUGUUUCAAUAGAGGGCUGAUGGAGUAACUAUGCGUAAGAACUAAACUGAGUUGUAAGGAUAAAUAGUGGUAUAGUUGGAUAACGAUAUUUGCUAAUUCAUCUGAUAUUGUUUGAUUAUAUAUUAGUGGGUGCUAGCCUAUGAGUUAGUUUUAGCGUUAGAUACUUCCACUCUCCUUAUUCUUACAGGUAAGGAUCAAGGAUUUGAUGAGGAGCAGCCUGGAGAACAGUGGAACAUGAUGCUGGUGGAUGGCCCGGAGCUGUGUUGAAAUUGAAUUAAAUACUUGUUGACUUUUAUUUUGUUUAAACUACAAGAAUGUUUGACGUUGUUGUUUUAAAAGCUUCCGCAACGUUUGAAUUAUUUACUCGGAUUAUUUAUGAAUUGUUUUAAAAUAAAUGUGAAUUGAUAUUUUAUUAUUAAAUGUUUUAAAAUAUUAUGCAUGUGAAUACCAAAUUAGUGACAACCCGACUCGCUAACUCAUCGAUUGGUGAGGUUGCAAGGCCAGUUAUUCUUGAUUGGGUAAUUGCUCAACAUGCACGAAUUCUGGAGUGGACUGGCCGUGCAUUUGAUCUUGAGACCCAAACUAUAUGUUGUGGAUGAGGUGUGACGCCAUGGUAAAGGGGUGGCUCACAACUGCAAUGGAGAAGGACAUUCGCAGCAGUGUCAAAUACACCAACACAGCCUCUGAGAUGUGGAACGAUCUUAUGGAAAGAUUUGGGAAAGAAAGCGCACCAAGAGCAUAUGAGCUGAAACAAUCACUCACGGUCACUCGCCAGGAUGGAGCUUCAGUCUCAGCGUAUUUCACUAAAUUGCGGGGACUGUGGGAUGAAAUCCAAUCUGCUCUGCACAUUCCACGCUGUUCCUGUGGAGGGUGCACUUGUCAAAUUGGGAAGAAACUUGUUGAGCUCCACGAAAAGGAGAGGUUGUAUGAAUUCUUGAUGGGACUCGACAUGGAAUUUGCAGUUAUACGAACUCAGAUUCUGGCCAUAAAACCCUUACCGAGUCUGAGUAAUGCUUAUCACCUUGUUUCCGAGGAUGAGAAACAACGACAAGUUGCCACCUCCAGAAACUCAAACUCUUCCCAGGAAGUUGCAGCCUUUCAAGCCUUUGUGCCAACAAGACGCGACACACAGCAACAGAAGAAACCAUGGCACAAAGGGGACAAGAAUGUUUUCAGUAAAAGAGGUGAGCACUGCAACUUUUUUGGACGAGAUGGACAUAACCGUGAGGGUUGUUUCAAAAGAAUCGGAUACCCAGAUUGGUGGCCAGGAAAAGGAAAAGAAAAAGAAGGCCUCAAGCCCAAGGUGGCUGUUGCAGAGAUGGGCACCAGUUCCAUACCGGGCUUGACGGAGGAACAAUACAGGAUGUUCUUGAGGCACUUCAAUGAGGGCAGCGGUCUCACAAACGAAGAAGUUUCCCCCAUAGCCAACAUGACAGAGUUUGAAAUCGAGGAACUUGAUUGGGUCGGGUAGGUGCAGUGGAGGCCUUUACCGAAUGAGGGAAAUGAAGAAGGGAAGAAAAGCUUUUGCAGAUUGGGAACCCUUAUCACAUCAGCAAAAGCAAGCAGCUUCUGUGGUGGAAGUUUUUAGGAUCACAGAAGAGACUGUGGAUCAAUUGUUUCAGAUGAAACUUCCAGUGGACAUUACUCACUUACAGGCUUUAUU